GCAACAACACAGCGGUCUAGCGGCUCACUGAAAGCUGACCAAAAGUGAAAAUGAGCGACGUGGCCUCAGAGACGGGUCCAGAAAAGCUUGCGAAGGAUGAGCAACAGGACUGCGCCGCUGCAGAAGAGGAGCAGACCGCCCCGGGCAACCUGCAAGAAGACAGGGCGGAAGACAGCGGCGUAAUGGAAAAUGAGGCACAGGCGAAGAUGAUGUCUGCCUUCGAGCAGGUGCGUAACCAGAUCAGAUCACAGGGGGCGGUGAAAGCCCCAAAGAGCAGCAUACUGCAGCUGGUGUCAAAAAUCAAAGACAUAGAAGCAGCGGCUGAGCGGGCGAACAGCCGGUCUGACGGCAACGUUGCCGAAGGAGAGGAGGGAAAAGAAGCCGAAGCAUUAAAAGAUGGCUCCAGGGGAGAAUUAGAUUUGAGGUUGGAGAUGUUGAGUAAGGUAUUUGAGAAAAAGCUGCAGGCUAGUAAGAAGGUCCUCAGGGACGAGUUUGAAGUUCAGAUAUGUGAAGCGCGUAAGGAGAUGCAGGCCUACACAGAUCAGACCCUGAAAGAGCUCGAGCGGAAGAUAACAGGCCGAACACCUCACAGUCGCCAGGAGAUACACCCCAAACCCCUACAAGAGGGCGCCGACGCCGCGGCGAAACGGAGGGCUUCUGCGGCUCCAUCUCUGGCAUCCAGAAGAGGAAAGAUGCUGACCCGGACCCUGACCACCACCAUCAUUCCCACGGCUCCCGUCAUCAGUGGAUUGAAAGGCUCCCCGAAGGGUCAAAGCUUACCGGUGAGAGAUCACGUGCUCUCACUGUCACAGAGCCAGUCCCAGCAGGGCCGCAUCCCCCUCCCCCCGGCCCGGCCCCCGCUGCAUACGCACAGAAAGUCCGUCCAGGCAAAAUGCAAAACAGGAACGUGAGUUUGCUGGGGAGGCAUAAAAAUGAAGGCUGACAAAAUUACUUUGGACUUAUUUCUGACCAUGUUUCUGUAAUAUCCGCUCUACUACAAGAGCAGAAUCCUUGUCUGGCAGCUUCUACCGCGCCUCUAUAACGCUGCCGUUCACACCUCCCACCAACUCGCUAGGUGCUGUAACACUAAAGAUCCCUAUGUAACAACCACCCUCCUCUCCUCAGACUCCCUACCUGGGUUUAAGAUCCCUGUGGACGAUGUUAAUAGGCUCUUCCAGCAUCACAAGACCAGAAAAGCCAGAGGACCUGACAAUGUCUCUCAUGACAGAGAGCCUGCCCUGACCAAUUGGCCCCUAUCUUCACCAGGAUCUUCAACCAGUCUCUGGAGCUGUGUGAGCAUCCCUCCUGCUUCCAGCGCUCCAUCGUCAUCCCGGUACCCAGGAAAUACACCUUUAUUGGAUUAAAUGACUACCUCUUUCCCGGAUCUCUGUGCUCAUGACAUCCUUUGAGCGACUGGUGUCGAGGGACGACCUCCACCUGUCAGCGGAUCACCAGCUUCCUGGCUGACCAGCACCAGCAGGCCAGACUGGGGAGCAUCUUAAAAAUAAACCAUCAGCACGAACAACUAGAUCUACAGAAGGGUUCACCGGUGCUGACAUCCAGGACUUGUGCAGAUCUAGGGUCAGGAAUAGGGUCCCACACAUCCAGGGUGUAAAAUGUUUAGACUUUUACCUUCAGGUCGCCGUUACAGAGCGCUUUUUCCAAAAGCAUCUGCCACAGAGACAGUUU